UGCGAAGGAAGAAAGAAAGUCCUUCUCUUACGCAAAUUCUCCUCCAAGCAACAAACCCCCCACCCCCUCUCUUUCUGUCAGAAACAUUACCAUAGUUGCCAACAAUCAGUUUUGCAUAUAUUCACAGCCCUCAAAGAUCACUACUGCCUCCUCUUUCCUUCUCUCUUCUUUCAAGUAACAAAGAGCUGAUCAAAAACAUGUCUAGAAUAUUAACGAUCACAAAUCUUAUUUCCCUUCUCACAAUCACAGUCCUUACAACCCCAGCUACUUCCUCUUCAGAUUCUUUUGUCUUUGGUGGUUGUUCACAGCUAAAAUACACACCAGGUUCUCCUUACGAGUCCAACGUUAACUUGCUACUCACAUCCCUUGUCAGCUCAGCCGCGUUCACCACCUACAACAACUUCACCAUCAAGUCCCCCACGCCACAGGACACUCUUUACGGUCUCUUUCAAUGCCGAGGAGACCUCUCCAAUGGUGACUGUGCUAGCUGUGUAGCUCGUGCAGUGAGUCAGCUCGGCACUCUUUGCCCUGACUCGAGUGGUAGCGCCUUGCAGCUUGAAGGGUGUUUUGUAAAAUAUGAUAACACGACGUUUCUUGGAGUGGAAGACAAGACGGAGGUGUUGCAUAAAUGUGGGCCGUUGAUCGGGUAUGAUUCUGAUGAAUUGAACAGGCGUGAUGUGGUGUUGGGUUACUUGGGGACUAGUGAUGGGUCCUACAGGCCUUUCAGAGUUGGUGGGUCCGAGGAUGUUUCUUCUGUGGCGCAGUGUGUCCAAGAUUUGAGUGCGAGCGAGUGUCAGGAUUGUUUGUCUGAGGCGAUCGGACGGCUGAAAACAGUCUGCGGGCCCGCUGUUUGGGGGGACUUGUACUUGGCCAAGUGUUAUGUGCGGUUUUCCAAAGCUGGGGCCUCCUCCAACGGCGAAAAUGGACAUGAUAACAACGGAAAUGAUGAAGUUGAGAAGACACUUGCAAUUCUGAUAGGACUUAUUGCUGCGGUUGCAUUACUCAUCGUAUUCCUUUCUUUCUUAAGGAAAGUUUGUGAAAGAGAAAGAGGUUGUAAAUAAUAGAAUUUAAGCAGGAAAAGAUAUUCAGGAAAUGGGUUCCCUCUGGUCAUUUCCUUUGCAUUAUGUGGCCCGAUUGCUUCCCUUUGUUGUUGUGGUCUCGACUUCCCCCCCCCCCCUCUCUCUCUCCCCCUCCCUCCAAAUUUCUCCUAAAGAAGCCUGGAAGGGUAAAUAGAAAGAUGUUCAUGGAAACAGGUACCCUUGAAACAAGUGAAAAAAAAGAAGAAAAAAAAAAGGUUUGCAAUAAGGUGAAAAGGCCUAAAGAUUCCGCACUCUCCUCUCUAGUCUUAUAACAUCUAUGGUGGUAGUUCUCUCUCUCAUUGUUUUGUAUAAAUAGUGAUUGUGAAAGUGCUCUUUGCAACGCUGUAGUUAGUGCCUGAGAUAUUAGAGCUUUAUACUUUGUUUUAAUUGCAAGUGUUGUAUUCACAAAACUUGUUAAAUUUUAUUUCAAGUCAAUGUUUACUUUCCUUUCCUCGUA